AUGCAAGAUCUGAUCGGCUCAAAUUUGGAAGUAUUGAAGCUACAAUCCGACAAUGCAGAAGCGAUGGUCGAAUUGGCAAAGGCAUACUGGUCGGUUGGAAAUUAUUCACAAGCUAUAAUCCAUGCAAAAAAAUCGGUGUUACACAAACCUACAGAUUGGUUGUGGAUUGAUGCCGUUAUCACAGCGUUCAUGAAUCCAAAUUUUAAUUAUCAUAAUGAAGCAUUGGAAGUAUUGGAUUCCGUGAUCAACAGGUUAGACACAAUAAAGCAUACUAUACCCAAUACCGAACUUAAUCAAAUACAAACACUUUAUCGACGGCGAGCGCUAGUUAAACAAUAUCUUAGUAGAUAUGAAGAUUAUAUUGAGGAUCUCAUAAAUAUUAUCGUAAUUGCUUGUGCAAAUCAUAUUCAAUUUAUAGACUUGAUAGAUCAUAUACUAGGAUGUUGUAACUUUUAUGGUUAUUGUAUACAAAAUUAUGUGAAUGUUCAACAAACUGUAACUUUGUUGAACGGAUUACAACCUCACUCUUUCGUAAAUUCACCAAUUCCAAGUUACUUUAUGGAUCCCGAUUUCGUCCUAACAGGUUUACUACUUUAUCUAUUUCCAUUUGCUCAUGGAUAUUUACCUGGUCAUACUUUCAUCAUUAAUUUUAAUGAGCGCGAGUUUGCACAAAAGGACGCCGCUUCCGCGUUCUUUGAAAUUGCCAAGGCAUUUGAAACAGAUCCAGUGAAGUGUUCAAAAUUUUUAAAUGCGACACCAAUGCGGUCGAUAUCACUACUUUUGUUAUAUAUGUCCAUUGCAGCGUAUCCUACCACCGAGGCAUUUCUCCUGCUUGCAGAAGUUUUAACUAAAAUAUCUGAUUCGGUGACAAUGGGUCAAGAAAUUCUUGAUGGGCCAAAUUUAGCGUUAAAAUUUUUAUACAAGGCUGUUUUACUUGACCAAAAUAAUCCAGACAUUUACAUGGCAAUGGCAGAUAUUUACUGGCGACAAAACAAUUUGAUAGAGGCUACUUUUAUUUAUCAAAAGAUAUAUGGACGAAUUAAGCCUCAUGAUGACGAAAUAAUGAGAAGAUAUGUUUUGGGGUGUAACGUUACCGGAGAAAAAUGUAGAAGCGAAGGAAGAUGGGAAGAAGCUUUAAAGUUAUUUGAAACGGCAUAUAACAUUAAUUCAGACAACACUGAUGCUUUGACAUUUUAUUCACAAGCGCUCAAUUCAGUUUGUGAUUGGUCAAAACGUGGUGGUGUUGGAGUUUUCUAUGUAGAUCAAGGCAAUACUUUGAUGUUCUCCAAUAUUCCUAAGAAAGUAGGAAUGAUGGGAAAGGUAUCCGAUGUCGUUGAUAACUUUAUAAAAGAAGGGGCAAAAUUUGGAGAUGGGGUUAUCCAGCGAUUUGGCGGGCUACAUAAGCUCUUCAAUUCCCUUUGUGUUGGACUUAAUUCUGAUGAUGCAUGCUAUAAAUGGUUAAAAGCAAGGGCUGAUUUGAUAGUCGCCACAAAGAAUCCACCAAGUCUAAAAAAUGAAGGUGGAUUUAUAUUACGACUUAUUAAUAAGUUGACGCGUCGCGUUCAACGUCGUUGGUAUCUUGAAUUCUAUGGAAAUCAAGUUAUUGCUCAGAAUUCACAACCAGCAAUAUGCAAAAAAUAUAAUGAUAAGUACCUUCGUCCAAAGGUGCCACCCGGUUUACCACAACCUUCCCCAAGUCCUGUACAGCCAUGGUAUACAUUUACUUAUGACCUUAGCCCCAAGCAAAUAAGAUUGGUCAGUCAUCGACAGGCACUGCACAUUGCAUAUGAUGCAUUUACCGCAAAUUGGCUUCCAGAUACCUCAGUUUUCGAGUUGCACAAUCGACAGCAUUUCGAGGUUUACGUUUACGCGUUAAACCCUGAUGAUGGUUCUAUAUACAGGCAAAAAAUAGUAGCUGGCUGCGAUCAUUUUAGAGAUUGUAGCGGUAGCUCUACCAAAGAUAUAUGUGAUCAGAUCGUUCAGGAUGGCAUCCAUAUUUUACUCAACUUGAAUGGAUAUACAGCAGGGGAUCGCAAUCAUAUUUUUGCUGCUCGACCUGCACCUAUUCAAAUGCAACAUAUGGGAUUUGCUGGUACUAUGGGUGGACUGUGGACCGAUUAUAACAUCGUAGAUGAUAUGAUUGUUCCAUCAAUGUUAACCAAUGAAGAUGCAUAUAAGCGUAAAGUUAAACAUCAUGUAGGUGAUAUUUGUGAAGAAUUAGAUCCUGAAGAUGAUGAUGAUAAUAUUUGGGUAUAUCCAGAAAAAAUCCUGAGUCUUCCAGAUACCUACUUUGUCAAUGAUCAUAAGCAAGGGUUCCGAGAUGAUCAGCAUAUAAGAGGCACUGUCUUUUCAACUCGUUUAGAUAUUCAAUGGACUCUCGAAGAGGACAAACGCUGGAAGAUGCGCCAGCAACUAUUCCCAAAUAUUCCCGACGAUUGGGUGAUCUUUGCCAACUUUAAUCAAUUAUACAAAAUUGACCCGGUCAUAUUCAAGGUGUGGCUAGAAAUACUUGAGCAAGUGCCUAACUCUAUCUUAUGGUUAUUAAAAUUUCCUGCAGAUGGUGCCAAAAAUUUAUAUAAUACUGCUGUACAAUGGGCUGGUGUAGGAGUUGCAAGCCGCAUUCAUUUUACAGAUAUAGCAGGGAAACACGAUCAUAUUCUUCGUGGAAGAGUUGCAGACCUAGUUUUAGAUACACCACAAGUAAAUGCGCACACAACAGCAUGCGAUAUCUUGUGGUCGGGAACUCCGAUAUUGACGCUUUGUGGAAAUGAUCAUAAAUGGUGUUCAAGAGUUGCUGCUUCAAUAUGCAAAUCCACUGGGUUUGGUGACAAAAUGAUUGCCAAAGAUCACGCUGACUAUGAACGAAGGGCAAUCGAACUAGCUAGGUCGGUGAGAUAUAAUUAUUGGCAACCAAAUCCACAUUUUAUGCCUCCGCAAGUUCAUCGAAGUGGAAUUGGUGAACUCGUCGAAUUGAGGAAAAAGAUCUUUCUCAAUCGCGAUAAUAUGAAACUUUUUGAUACUCAAAGAAUUGUAGCGAAUCUAGAAAAAGGUUAUGCUAUGGCUUGGGAAUUUUGGGUUACAGAUAAUGAAAAGAAUAUUAAGGUGCUAUAG